UGCUACAGCAACCAAAGUGUCAUGGCGCUGUCCAGCGAUUGAGCAAACCAAGCAUUGCAGCAACUUACGUGACUGAAGCCUUUGAUCAUAUUUUGAUGCAUGCUUGAUUAAAUUGAUCUGGUACUUUUGUAUGCAGUAUUUGGUUUACCAGGACACAAUUCUGAAAGCAGUUGCACAGAUUCAUCAGCCUUGCCCAACAAGUACGUCACAUAGUACACGUACAUGUAUUUGCAGUAAAUAUCGAUCGCCUCCAUCAGCACCAAGACUUGGCUCUGGCAAGCCUGUUCAUUCCAAUCGCAGAAAGGGCGGCCUUUGUCUCGUUCCACAACUGGCCCCUUGCAGCCCAGCCCUUGGGCUCAGUCAGCUGUCCACACCCAUGGAGCAUCAGCUUCAGAAGACCCUCCCUCCCGCUGAGCCCCUGCCCCGCCGGGGCAGCGACGACGGGAGCUUACAGACCCGGAGCCUGCACAUCCUGGACGACGAGGUGGCUAAGGAGAAAGAGAAGCGGGACUUGGACGACAGGGUGGAGCGGCUGCUGCUGACCCAGAUCAAGGAGGGCAACACCAUCGCCCUCUUCCAGCUCGGCCAGUUCUACUUCGAGCAGGGUGCUUAUGAGGAGGCGGCAGUUUACUUUAAACGAAGCGUCGACCAGUGUAAAGACUACCAGGCAAUGUUUCAGUUGGGUAUCAUGUACUAUGACAGCCUCGGUGUCAAAGAGGAUCACAAGACUGGAUUUGAGUACAUGACGGCCGUCGCUGGCUCUGGAAGCAAGCGGGCCAAGCACCUUGUCCCGUUUGCCCAGUACAACGUGGGCCGGGCCCACUUCGAGGGCUACGGCGUCAGGCAGUCGGACGGUGAGGCCGAGAGGUGGUGGCUGCUGGCGGCGGACGACGGCAAUCCUCGGGCCAGCGUCAAGGCCCAGACUGUCCUAGGCAUGUACUAUUCCAGGGACUGCAGUUUGGAUCUGAAGAAGGCUUUUUUUUGGCACUCGGAGGCAACCGGAAAUGGCAGUUUGGAAUCUCAAGGCGCCCUGGGUGUCAUGUACGAGACGGGACAGGGAUGUCGGAAGAACUCAGACUCCGCCUUUGAGUGUCUGAAGGAGGCAUCGGAGAGGGGCAACGUAUACGCCAUGGGCAACCUGGUGGCCCACUACUACGAGAAGAAGCUCUACACCAAAGCAGCGGAACUCGCAGCGAGAGUCUCCCAGUUGGAUGAUGUGGAGGAACUGUCCAAGGAGACUGACUGUCUGCCAGCGUUUGUUGCCAAGGGGAUCGCCCUCGGCUGUUUCUAUUAUGCCCGCUGUCUGCACCUAGGUCACGGGGUCAAGAAGGACAAGGACCUUGCACAGAAAUACUAUUCCAGGGCAUUUGAGUUUGAUGGUUCCGUGGCACAGAGGCUUCAAGACAGGGUGACACACGGAGAAAUAUAACUCGGUUUUCCAUUCCAUGUCAUUUGGAUAGGACUUUCAAUUUGGGUGAUUCUAGAUGCCUAGCGAAAUUGGCAUGAGGAAUAUUAUAUUACUGAGUUUCAACAUUUCAGGGGCGUGCUGUCAAACGAAUACGUCCAAAAAUGAUUUAGUAUUACCGGGCACAGGCAAAUUAAGGUUUGGGGAAAUGCUCAUUCACGUGAGGUAGGCUUUAGAUGAAAUAACUUCAGAUUCGUCUACACAUUUAAGUGGAUUGUAAACACCGUCCGUUAAGGUUGAGAUGAGUGCUUUAUCUGAUGGAGGUUUGGAGAGCCUCAUCUUUGGCCACAUCACUUUGCCACAGAGAAGGGGGUGGGAUGGUAUCAGCCAUCUAACUGCCUGUAAUUUUCCUCUUUUUGUCACCAAAUUUAAUCACGAAUUAUUCUAAAAGUCCGAAUUCAGAGGAAGAAAAACAGAAAUGUAACAGAGCCUGAAUAUUAUUUGUGAGAAUGUGUAAAUUUUAAUUCUGAGCCUGAAUAGCUCAUUUUAAAAAAGUAUCACAAAUCUGAAAAACUGAUUAAAAUGUUCGGAGGAGUCAUAUUGAGCUGUAUAAAGGAAACCAUCAACAAAGUUUAUUUGGGCUAGAGGUUGAAAAGCAGUUGCGUUUCCAAGGUUUGUUUAUUUAUUUUCUUUCUCAUAUAUGUUAUUGUUUUUGUUUUAAUUUAUUGCAUUUUCUUGUUGAGGGUAGCUUACUUUAAAAAGCGAAUCAAUCGAAGCUCUUUAUGGGUUAAACUGUAAAAAAGGUAAUUUGCCCGGUUAAAAGUUGGUACACUAUUUUGAUAAAAACCCGAAAUAUUCACGGACAACCAUUAUGACAUAAGAUUAGAGCAGGUUUUAGAAGUGAAGUACGGAAUGUGAUGUGGGUGUGAUGAUCAAACGUUACACGAAUUUUCACUUUUAUAUGUGUCGUUUUAUCCGAUGAACGUUUUGUUUGGGCGCUAGACCUAAUGGUAUGAACAAUUUUCGUGAACUUCAUUCUGUAUAUAUGAAAUAAAAUGUAUCGUUAAAUCCCAUGAAAUGAAG